UCGUCAACAGAACACAAACAACACAGUACCGUACAAUACAUCACCGUACAAUACAUCACCGUACAAUACUUGCCGUGUACAGUGUACAGUUGGCAUUGUAGAUCUCUAGAACUUCACAAAAUCUCAGACAUAAUAGUCGAUCAGAUAGUUCGAUUAUCCAAUUCAACGGUUCAGUAGAAACAGUGUGAAAUUAAAGUGAACAAUAAUGUUUCUGAAAUAAAAUAAAGUUGAGGUUGAGUUGAAGAAAAGAGAAUUCCCAACCGUGCCAAAAUGAUGAUUCGUAUCACUUGUUUAUUAUUCCUCGUACAUCUAUUAACAGGUAUAUCCUGUAAUCAAGAGUUCUCUACUGAACCUGCGAAUGUUGAAGUUACUCCUGGACAUAAUACAACUCUAGACUGUACAAUCAGUAAUCUAAAGGGACAGUGCAGGUGGCAGAAGGAUGGCAAGCCUGUUGGAAUGUUCCCUGGUAAAUAUGAGAUGAGAAGAGAAGGGGAGGGAGAAGGAGACUGUUCACUUUCUGUACUCAAUGUUGAUCUCAAGUUUGAUGAUGGACUAUGGGAAUGUCAGGUGACCUCCAGUAGUUUCCAGGCUCAGGAUUCUCUUGUGUCGAGGAAAGCUCGUCUGACCGUCAGAGUUCCUCCUGAGAUGAUAACCAUCCAGUACUCUGGGAGCAGUGUAGUGGAGGGGGGCAUCAUCACCCUGGUGGAGGACAAGCAGGAGAACAUCGUCUGCAUCACAAGAUUCAGCAACCCUGCUCCAAUUAUAUCCUGGAGACUUGGAGGCAAUAUUUACCCUUCAAUUUCACAGGAAAAUUUUACCGAAGCUGUUCCGAGUAAAUUUCGGAGUGAAGGAACGCUAGCCCUAGCUUUUACACAGAAAAAUCAGGGCGAGAGACUAGAAUGUGUUGUUAGCCAUCCUGCAUAUCUGGAGGGGGAUGGGUCAACACAUGUAGAAAUAGACGUUCUAUAUAAACCGCGCGUUGAAAUUACUCGUGUCUCAAAUUCCGUGGUGGAGGAAGGUAUUGGAAGCGUAGCGUUGACCUGCUCAGCUGUUGGUAACCCUCCUCCUAGGGUUCUAUGGACCAGGUUUGGUGAGGAUACACCACAAUAUGUGGAGACCAUAGAAUUCAACCCGGUUACCCGACAAAACGCAGGUUCAUACAUUUGUUCAGCCGAAAAUACAAUUGGUAAAUCUAAUCAGGAAACUACACAAGUUGAUGUUCUAUAUGCUCCUGAAAUAGUAUCCUUAAGCCCUCGUGAAACUGUGCUAGUGAUGGCUAGAAACCAGACUAAGUUGACCUGCACUGCUAGCGGUAACCCGGAGCCAAAAUAUCAGUGGCUUCAGCUACAGCAGUCCCAGGUUGUAAAAAAACGAUCUGUAACCCCCGACCUCAUUCUUGAUGAUGUAAACUACGAGGACCAAGGGGAGUAUGUUUGCGAGGCCGUUAAUAUGAUCGGAGGUGAGAAGAGGGUUGUGAGGAGCGAGGUUGUUAAGGUGGAGGUUGAAGGUGUUCCCUUGGUAACGAGGAUGGUGAAUGAGGUUGUAGCAGUGAGUGGACGUGAUGUGAGGCUAGAGGCUGAAUUCUGUUCUGAUCCUCUACCUCUAAGAAAUACCUGGGAGUGGGAGGAUAUUAGUCUACCAGCAGGCACUGAAAUAGAGAGAAGUGGAACUAAGUAUUCCGCUGAACUAGAGGAACAUCCCAGUAAUAAGGAUUGUUAUAUAUCCAGGUUGACCCUGAAGGGUGUUGGACAAGCUGAUAGUCGCAGCUAUACCUUAAACGUAGAGAAUAUGCAUGGAACUGAUCUAGCGCCGGUCAAACUAGCUGUAAGAGAAGAGCACAGAGCUGAUCCUGUAUCUAUGGCAUCAGUUAUCGGUGUAGUGAUUGCUCUCCUAAUCAUCUUUGUCCUGUUAUCGAUCAUAUUAUUGGUCGCGUACAAGAAACAGAAACUUUGCUUUAAAGAUGGGGAUCUGGACGCACUUGAGAAAUCAAAGAGCAACAAGUACUCAUCAUACAACGGAAUAGAUGUUAAAGAUAUUUCUCCCAUCAAGGAGAAACAAACAGCAUUCCCUCCCAGCACCAAGAAUGGAGAUAUUGGUGUUCCAAUUUAUCAGCUUUAUGUUCCCUCAAGUUUAUCCUCCCUGGCGAGCCAUAACUCUACAGCCGGUCAAACCGGUUUAGCCCCAAACCAAACCGGUUAUAAUCCAAACCAAACCAGUUACAACCCAAACCAAACCGGUUUUAAUCCAACUGGUUUGCUCUCUACCCAUAAUGGGUUCAGUUCUUCUCAAAAUAUCUUUACUCUUUCGCAAAAUGGAAUCUCAGGACCGACAAGUUUGUCGAUAAAACAAAAUGGAUAUCCAUCCUUGCAACCUAAACAAAAUGGCGGAGGUCCUCCAUCCCUCCAGCCUCGCUCCAACUUCCAAAUCUAUAAUCAGCUCCAAUAUCCCUCUACCUCCAACUGGGGGAGCAUGAAGCGAGGGAAAGGAAACCCUCGCCCCUCUCGUCCCUCAUCGGUUCUUCCAUCCCCUUCCUCUCUACCUGACCUGAACCAGGACACUGCAGUACAGUACAUACCAAACCUUGUACCGGCCAACAACUAACUAGGGCACUGCAGUACAGUACAUACCCAACCUCGUACCAGCCAACAAAAAAUCAGAAUACUGCAGUACAUUACAUACCCAACCUUGUACCGGCCAACAAAUAACCAGCACACUGUAGUACAGUACAUACCCAACUAUGUACCGGCCAACAAGUAUCCAGGUCAAUAUUCAAAUAUGAUCCAGCAAGACCAAAGUCUUGUAAUAAUAAAUUUUCCAUAUUUCUAAAUAUAAAUACACCCCUCCGGGCCCCACCGGAUGGGAAAAAGACUUAAAUCGGAAAAUUAUCCGUUUUUAUUGUACCUUAGAAGUAAAUAAACGUAAUGAGGAGUGGUACAGUAAGUUUUUUUGUACAUAAGCACAAUAUGUGCUUUAAAGCCAGUUUAUUAGAUGUACGCCUGUUUUUUUCUCAAAAAUUUAGAACCUUUAUGUAGUAAAAACUUAAUGUCUUGUUUACCCUUCUUUAUGUACUGCAAAACAUGUACAAAGAAAGCAUGUCAUACACUCAACCUAUUUCUGAUGUAGCAGGCAACCGUAUACCGCAUGUACAAUUGUUUGUAUGAACUUAUUAUUGUUGUAUUCUUUGCUAAGGUUGAGUGUAAAGUAUUCAUUCUGUGAUAAUAUUUCAAUUUUAUAUUUAUGUAUUGUGCAAUGUACUGUACUGUUUUGUAAAUAUAAACAUUAGAGGAA